UGGAUCUCAGAAAGUUUUUAAAUGAGCAUUUACGAGUGGGAUUUAUUUAAGCCAGGAAGUCAAAAACGUACAGCCUUUUUUGUUGGGAGUCGCUACGGACGAUCCGGAAGUACAACAUAUGAUGAAAGUAUAAAAUCCAGACGAAUUUUCAUCGUACCGCGAAACGAGCAUUUCUUUCUUGGCUCCCGGUAUGGAAAACGAAGCGGAAAAUAUUUACCGACUUACGAGGGAAAUAAACAUGCAGACAGUCCGGAACGGAUUUGGAAACAGUUGGAAAGAACGAACUCCAAACUUAAGCUAUACAAUCAUGCUCUUUCUGAUGCGAAAUUCUAAACUAGUAUAUAAAAGUAACAUCAAUGUCGAAACCCCGAGGU